UUAACAGCGACAACAGCACGCUGAGUUGUUUUGACUGUGUGAAGACAGCUGAGACUGGAAGGAGAUGCGAGCUGCACUUUUACAUUAACUUUAGUUGGGGGUUAUCGUGUCUCUUUUAUUUUGCGCCCAACCAAAAUGUACAUAUCUGCCCAGAUAUGUCUUCUGCUGCUGGUUCUUCACACACUGACACUUGCUGCUGCGAGAAGAGAGAGAAGAAAUGUGCUUUUGAUCAUGGCAGAUGAUCUGCGGACAUCGUUGGGCUGCUAUGGGGACUCAAUGGUCAAAUCACCAAACAUUGAUCAACUGGCGUCCAAAAGCCAAGUUUUUCUCAAUGCAUAUGCGCAGCAAGCUGUGUGUGCUCCCAGUCGUAUAUCCAUGUUAACUAGCCGCAGACCUGACACGACCAGGCUCUAUGAUUUCAACUCCUACUGGAGAGUUCACUCUGGAAACUACACGACUCUGCCACAGUACUUUAAAUCUAGAGGGUACUUCACCAUGUCUGUGGGCAAGGUGUUUCACCCGGGCAUCGCCUCUAACCACACUGAUGACUACCCUUACAGCUGGUCCAUCCCUGCCUACCACCCUGCUUCAUUCAGAUUUGAGAAACAAAAGAUGUGUAAAGGAGAGGACGGUAAACUGCACGCCAACUUACUGUGUGCGGUGAACGUAACUGAGCAGCCUGGGGGAACCCUCCCUGACAUGGAGAGUACAGACGAAGCAGUGAGCUUAAUGAAGAGUCGCGCCAACGAUGACACUCCUUUCUUUCUUGCUGUUGGCUUUCACAAACCACACAUACCCUUCAGGAUACCACAGGAGUACCUGAGCCUAUAUCCUAUAGAUCAAAUGACUCUGGCCCCUGAUCCCGAUGUUCCCAAACUCCUUCCUCCUGUCGCCUACAACCCCUGGGCAGAUGUGAGGAGGAGAGACGAUGUCCAAAAACUCAACAUUAGCUUCCCCUAUGGGCCAAUCCCUAAAGACUUCCAACUGCGUAUCCGUCAGCACUACUACGCUGCUGUGUCUUAUAUGGACGCUCAGGUUGGACGGCUGCUCAGUGCUCUUGAUGAGCUGGGGCUGGCUGACAGCACCAUGGUGGUGUUCGCCUCAGAUCACGGUUGGUCGUUGGGUGAGCACGGCGAAUGGGCAAAAUAUUCAAAUUUUGAUGUGACUACACGGGUCCCUCUUAUCUUCUACGUUCCUGGUGUCACUGCAGUCCGUGGUUGGAUGGAAGGGUCUACCUUUCCCUUUAUUGAUGUCUUAAGUCAAUCAGAACUCAACUUUAAGAAUGAAAAAGUAAUAAGAAACGUGGUGGAACUGGUGGAUGUUUUUCCCACCAUCUCCUACAUGGCUGGCCUGAGAGCACCUGAACCAUGUCCUGAUGUUUCUUUCCAGGAGGAGUUGUGUACAGAAGGAGACAACCUGGCCUACACCUUCAGACACAGAGAAAGAGGAGAGAACGAGGAGGCCAUAUCCUUUAGCCAGUACCCUCGACCUGCUGAUACACCACAGGUGAACUCUGACCUCCCUGACCUUAAAGACAUAAAGGUCAUGGGUUACUCUCUACGCUCCUGGGACUAUAGAUACACUCUGUGGCUGGGCUUCAACCCCAAAACAUUCCAGGUGAAUGUAACCGAUGUCCAUGCUGGAGAGUUAUACAUGUUAGCAGAUGAUCCGGGUCAGGACAAGAAUGUCUAUGAUGACUCUGACCACAGUGUGAUAAUGAGGAAAAUGACCAACUUGCCCCAUACUGUGAGUGUGCAGAUGAGAAUGAAGCUGCAGCUCCUCUACCUCACAGCAGGGAUGAAAAGCAGUCGAAAGAAGGCGUGAUGAUGAGAAUGAAACACAACAGAUGGACGGAAAGGGACAAGCACAAAGGGAAGAUGGAUGGAUUAAACACAUCUCCCACAGAAAGGGAGAAAAAAAAUUCUUUUAAUAUAAUCUAUACUUGAUUCAGGAAGAUGUGGUAUCACUAUUAAUCUUUGAGGCUCAGUUCUUCAGGUUAUGGUUCUUGUUAAGAAGUAAUUGGCAGGCAGACGAGGGGUUGCAACAAGUAAAGUGAAUUUAAAAAAAAAACACUCAUACAGUUUCUUACAAAAUAUUUCACCCAUGAGGUGAGUUCAUGUUUGGGCUGCUGGGAAACAUUUAUAUCAGUGUAGAAAUUAGUGAUUGGUUUCCUUUUUUUCAGGGACUGGCCUCUUCACACCUGCCAUUUACCUUCAUGUAAUCAUUGAGUGGAGGACGUUUCGUUCUAGUUUGGAAUGACUCCAAUUAUAGCUGUCAGACAGAUUUCUCAUUAUCUACAGUAGUGAAAAGAAAUAGUUUGACAUUUUGGGAAAUGUUUUGUUUAUUCACUUUAUUUCCAAGAGUUACAUGAGAAGAUUGAGUCCACGCUGAUGUCUGUACACAAAAUAUGAAGCUAGAGCGAGCAGGCAAUUAGCUUAACAAAGACUGUAAGCAGGGGGAAACAGCUAGCCUUGCUCUGUCCAAAGUUUAAAAUAUGUGCCUGCCAGCACCUCUUAAUUCAACUAAUUAACAUGUUUUAUCUUGUUUGCCUAAUGUGUACAAAAGCAAAAAUGUAAAAUGACAUGUUGAGUUUCUAGAAAAUCGCCUCGUCUAGUCAAGAAAUGGAUUCAGCACGCGUCUCCCUGUGGAGCCACAACAUGUAGUUUUUACUUUUCUCCUUGUGAAGUUUUAUCAGUUGUGACAAAAUGUGUUAAGUAAAAUUUUGAGAUGCUGGUAGAUGGAUCUUUUUUCAAAUUUGCCUAGCUGUUUCUCCCUGCUUCCCCUCCUUAUGCUAAGCUAAUCACCAGCUAGCUCAUAUCGUAUUUAGUGCACAGACAUGAGAGUGGCAUAUUUUUGAAUCUUUCUCACAGCAAAGAAAUAUCAAAUUGUUUUUUUUCCCAUAAACAUUUAAUUGCCACACAGAUGUCUGGCCAGCUGAACCAAGUAACCUUUAUUUCGGCAUGAACUCCUGAAGGACAGCUCUGAUUAGCUGUGACUUUACUGCUGUCUCAGUAAAAAAUAUUACAUCAUAUUUUACAAGCUGUUAUUUCCCAAAAAGGCUUUUCAUCUGAAGGAAUAUUGAAAAAAACCUGAAGAAUGCCUCACUUGAUUAAUAGCGACACAAAUUUCUCUUUUUGGAACAAGAGCUCUUCAGUGUACUAUUGAUCAUCCAGUCUGCUUUAGGGAGCGUUUCCAGGUGUAGUCUCCACUUUGAAGUCAGACAGCUAAAAGGGACUUGCAUAUUUUUGUACUGUAGCGCUAAACAAUAUGACAUUUCUAUUUGCACUUGAUGUCACUUGCAGCUAUUUGUCUCCCUCAUUGUAAACAGUUCAGUUCAGAUCAAUUUGUGGACCCAAAAUGAAGUGAGUAAAAGCCCACCCAUAAUAAUUCAAUGCAAAUGAAACAGAGUGCAGCUACGUUUUACUGCUUGUUCCAAUGCGUGAACAUUUUGUACUGUGGUAAUUUAGAAGAAAGCAAUUUCAGCUUGAAUUUCAGGUCCAACAGUAAAUUGAGGGAUUUGGUCUGUCGACUUUUAUUGUAGGCCGCACUGGCUUCAUGUUAAUGGGAGGCAGCUGAAUCAUGUAAUCAGCGGGGUGCUAUCAUACGCCAGUAUGUUGAAGCAUUCUUGAGAAAUUGAAUCUGCUCGUUUUUGCCAAGUUCAAAAUAGGAAAACUGACCAACCACAUCAUCACCUUAAAAGGUAUUCAGAGAACUGUACGUCUUCCCCUGUUGACCUCAUUGCAUUUGUGACAGUUGAUUUUGUUUUUCCAGUGGUUUGCUGAUGUCCUGGGGUCCUGUAAUAUAUUUAAUAUCUCUGGAACAGUGGAUGUAAUCAGUAAUAAAGUGUCCAUACAGACACUGACAGUGGAAAAUAAGCUCAGUUGCAUCAGAGCAGUUUUCAAGCCUGAGCUCCAAAUUUCUGAAGGGAAAAUAAAAAAUAAAUGCUGUAGAAAUAAUUCAAAUCUCAAGCUUGGCAAGGACACACUGUUAAUAUAUUUAUGUCUUGGUUUCGAUUGGUUUGUAAAAAAAAAAAUAAACAUUUUUUGUGGAAUGUUCA